AUGAUUCUGCUCUUUGGACUGCUCUGUGCCAGCAUGUGGUCGUUGGUGGCAUACUCUUGGACCAUGGAGCUUGAAGAUUCAGGGAUUUGGCAAAUUGGUGGGGAAUUCUAUGCCACCCUCCUUCUGGUUGGAACUUUAAUGCUGAUUUUCCACGCAAUCUUUGAAUGGCUGUACUGGAGAGAAACGCAGUGCAUCAUGCCGUGGUGGAGCCGAAUGAGAAAGGUGCCUUGGGAUCCCGUGAUCCACGGCAUACCGUUUGCGGACUUAGCCUCGAUGCCUUGGGUCUUGGAUGGGGACUAG